CAUUAUUAAUAAUAAUGAAUUUUGGAUAAAUUUUGAAUUAUUUCAUACAUUAUUAAAACUAUAUAAUUAUGUUAUAAAAAUUCUUGAAACUGAACCGGCUAUAUUGGAUCAAGUGGCUGCAUCAUAG